AUGACCCAAGCGAUAGCCAAUAAUGCUGCUAGCGGGUGUUUCAUGAAUAAGUCCUAUGCUAAUAUUACUGAUAUACUUGAUCGAUUGACUACACACAGUCAAGCAUGGCAUUCAAGUAAUUCUGAUGGGCUAUCACUUGGAACACCAUUGAUUCAAAAUAUUGUGAAAGAUAGCCAGGAAACGCAGCAGACGUUGGCACAAUUGGCCACUAGUCUCUCUUUACUGACAAAGAGGCUUGAUGAGAGGGAAUCGAAGAAGGUGAACGUGUGUGAAGAUAUCUCAGGCAUGCCGCCUGGAAUGUACCAAUGCCAAGAAGGUCCAUAUCAAGAGGGUCCCCCUCAGCCAGUUGAGAAUGUUCAAUAUGCAGAUUAUGUAGCGAAAGGGGAUGUUUCUGGGCCAAAUCAGAGAUAUUGGAGACCUCAACAAGGGCAGGGUGCAUACAACCAAGGGAACUACAACAACAACCAAGGGAACUACAAUAACAACUAUGGUGGACCGAACCAAGGUAGAUACAACAACAACAAUGGUAACUUCGGGAACAGAAGUUCCAACCCUUACAUUCCACCAAAAGGGCAGUCUAAUGAUCAAGGUAGUUCGAGGUUGGAGUCAAUGCUUGAAAAAGUGUUGGCAAGUCAGACAAACACUGAAAAGACAUUAUCUGGGCUAUCAGAGACAGUGGUUUCUCAUUCAGCAGCUAUUCAAAACCUUGAACAGCAGAUGCGUGAUCUUUCUAGAGAACAACAUCCUGCUAGAAAAGGUGGGCUUCCUAGUGAUACUAUUCCAAACCCGAAGAAUGGUGGGGGCGUGGAACGUACUUUUGCUAUUAGCACGAGGAGUGGUAAAAUACUUCAAGGUGCUGACAAGAAGGUGGUUGAUCUAGAUCCAAUUAUUGAGGAAGAAGAGGUGCAUUCUGAUGUGCCUAUUAUUGAUGAUGAGGUCCAUGGUGAAGAAAAAGUUGUUGAUAUUCCAGAAGUUGCUGCUGAUACAAGGAAACACACACGAUAA